AGGCCUCCUGCAGAGAUGCUAGGCCCUCGGGUCUGGUCUUCUGUGAGGCAGGGACUGAGCAGGGGCUUGUCCAGGAACAUGAGGGGCUGGGCCUCAGGGGAGGGGAAGAAGGUGGACAUCGCAGGCAUCUACCCUCCUGUGACCACCCCCUUCACUGCCACUGCAGAGGUGGACUAUGGGAAAUUGGAGGAGAAUCUGCACAAACUGGGCACCUUCCCCUUCCGAGGCUUCGUGGUCCAGGGCUCCAGUGGUGAGUUCCCCUUCCUGACCAGUGGUGAGCGCCUGGAGGUGGUGAGCCGCGCGCGCCAGGCCAUGCCCAAGGACAAGCUCCUGAUAGCCGGCUCCGGCUGCGAGUCCACCCAAGCCACGGUGGAGAUGACGGUCAGCAUGGCCCAGGUCGGUGCUGACGCCGCCCUGGUGGUGACCCCUUGUUACUAUCGUGGCCGUAUGAGCAGUGCGGCCCUCAUUCACCACUACACCAAGGUUGCCGAUCUCUCUCCAAUCCCUGUGGUGCUAUACAGUGUCCCAGCCAACACUGGGCUGGACCUGCCUGUGGAUGCGGUGGUCACGCUUUCCCAGCACUCGAAUAUCGUGGGCAUGAAGGACAGCAGUGGGGAUGUGACCAGGAUCGGGUUGAUUGUCCACAAGACGAGGAAGCAAGAUUUCCAGGUGUUGGCUGGAUCGGCUGGCUUCCUGCUGGCCAGCUAUGCCUUGGGAGCUGUGGGGGGCGUGUGUGCCCUGGCCAACGUCCUGGGGUCUCAGUUGUGCCAACUGGAGCGACUCUACCUCACGGGGCAGUGGGAAGAUGCCCAGAAGCUUCAGCACCGCCUCAUUGAGCCAAACACUGCGGUGACCCGGCGCUUCGGGAUUCCAGGGCUGAAGAAAACCAUGGACUGGUUUGGCUACUACGGAGGCCCCUGCCGUGCCCCCUUGCAGGAGCUGAGCCCGGCGGAGGAGGAGGCACUGCACAUGGAUUUCACCAGCAAUGGCUGGCUCUGAGGGCAAGCAGGGGAUGCUCCUGGGCUGAGCCCAUCUUAGCCUCCUGCAGAGGGGCAUGGGGGGCUUGGGGGUUACAGGCUUCUUUCCCUUCAGUCCUCCAGGUAGUCUUUCACCAGGCGCAACUCCUAUUCUCAUAGCCCCAUGACUUAUCCCAUUUGGAUACUAAACUCUGAGUCUCUAGAGCCCUUCAGACUGGGAAGGAGCAAUUUCUUACCUGUAUCUCUCCUGUGGAUGCUUUCUGAUGCCCCAAGGCACAUGAACCAGGAGCCAGAGGGAAGGGCGGGGG